ACCACUGCUCAACAAACCCCAGCAUGGAUUCGACUCCCAUUGUGUCCUCCUUGAGUAAUCAAGUGAAUCCUUCUACGCUAAAGCCAAUGAAGAAUUUUUAUUUGGGCGAGCCGCUAGCACUGGGGAUCACACAGAUUCUUAUAGGAAUUAUGGGAAUUGUCUUUGGGAUUAUGAUGGACAUAGCAAUUCCAUAUGCAUCCCACUCUGAUUACUUUCGGCAAAAGACACCAUAUUGGACUGGAAUCUUGUACAUAAUUUCAGGAUCUGUGUCUGUGAAAGCCUCCAAGACACCCAAGAUGCCAUGGGUGAAAGGCAUGCUGGUAAUGAAUGUGGUGAGCACCGUGGCGGCGGCGGCUGGGAUUGUGAUCGCCUCUAUUUCAUUUAUUUUUUAUUAUCUACGACCGCGGGGGCCAAUCAGAAAUGGAAUACAGACUGUCCUCUUCAUUUUCACCAUCGUAGAGUUCUGCAUCACCAUCUCCACCGCUGCGUUUGGAUGCAGGACUGUUUGUCGGGAUACCUAUGCUGAAACGAUUGUGGUAGUUUAUCAGAACAUGACUCCGGACAAUGCUGUUAGCCAGCCAGCUGCUUGCAAGGAUCCUGAGACCGCCUGAAUUGCUGUUCCUUUAAGCUCCCUCUCCUGGACUGUCAUUAAAGAAAUAUUUAUCUAAUAACAAUAACAACAACAACAACAACAACAAUAAUAGGAGUUAACUAAGCAAGAGCACCUGAGAGCAAUGAAAACAGAAUUGGGGGAAAAGGCUGCAGACAACAUUUGGGUGGACGAUAGGAAUACAAAUCUCAAAAUUUCACUUGAUAUUUUACCACCAUAUACAAAUAUACAAAAGAAGGAAAAUACUUCACAUAUAUAAGUAUAUUAUGCCAUGUUCAAAGUUCUUGCCUUAUGUUUUCAUAUGACUUAGUGUGGUUCUAAAAUCUAAGGAAGGGCUCCAAGUGCAACAGAUUCUAGAGGAUUCCUAUUGUUUCAUCCACCAUCCCAUAUUUGUUUUAAUCAACGGGGAUCUUCUGAAUGAUGUGUCUUCUGAUGAAAGGAAAGGGACAAGGCUGCCCUUUAUCUAUCGUUAUAUAGCCUCCCUGUGACCAUGAGCAAAUGUUAGUGGUUUGAAAAGGUCGAAUGUAAAGUUAGACUUGAUUGCUGAUGCUGAUGCACGGCCUGUGACAGAUAUGGAAAUGCAAUGCGGAUGCUGAGAGUAGUUCACCGUCUUAAUUUGGGAAGUUAGCAGGACUGAUGAUAAAACAAGAGGAAAACAGGAUGAAAAGGCGUGGGGAGAUCGGAGCCAAAAUGAGCAUCAGAAGAAUGAGAAAGUGGUCAGAGAUUUAGGUAUUUGGUUAGUUUGUGAGAACAGAAAUAUCAUAUAUGGGAAAGAAUAUCAGCAGUUCUAUUCUCAGUCCAAAAGAUGGUCUAAAUGGAACAAGUGUUCCAAUGCAUGUGUGUUUAUAGAAUCAAGUGUUCUGCUUGUAGAUUAAAAUUGUGAUAAUCGAUAGCUGUGGAAACAGAUGCUUUGUUUUGGUGCAGUGAUAAACGAAUAGCGAAAUUCUGGAGAAAGAGGCAGGGGGGUUGUUUGUUUAACCUCCCCUCCCCAAGGUCAUGCUGGUCUUUCUGCCAUGCUUAUCACUGUGUGAUUUAGAACCUUGAUGGUGCAGGGUUCUAAAGUGCACAGGAGCCUCCAAGAGGACAGGGUCUCUCUGUCUUCACAGUGAUGGGUUGGCGCCACCUCCCUCCAAAACCCUGCAGGUUUCCUCUCCUGGGGUGGCAUUGGGUAAUCCCAAUGUGGAGGAGGGAGCGUGGGCUUUCCAGUACCCAUCCAGGUACUGGAGCCAUCCCCUGCCUUCUUCUUGGUGGAAGGCAACCAAUUGCCGGUCGCCUUCCACCAGGGACCAUCCCUGGAUUGGUCCUGGAGCAACAUCAGAUGUCAGAAGAGCUGUACUGACAUCACUCCAAUUGAAAAAGUCCAGUAAGUAACUGACUUUUUCAAUGCGCAGCUUUGCAGGAAAGCCCCACAGUGGCUGUGAAGCUGUGCCUGCAUCGUAUAACUAAAGCAGCACAGAUCAGUAGCCACAACGGGGCUUUCCCUGCAUAUAGACUCUCUCUCUCUUUCUCUCUCUCCCUCUCUCUCUCUCCCCCUCCCUCUCUCUCUCUUUCCCUCUCUCUCUCAUACACUCCCCCCAUUCAAUAAUUAUGUGGAAUGCAGUGAUGGGGUGGGGAGGGAGAGGAACUGUGUGACUUUGGAGGUAGAGAUAAACGUCUGGCCCCAGAUGUCUCUUUCGUUAAUAACUUUGCAAUCAUUAUCAUUAUUAUUGUUAUUGCAUUUUCAUCCCACCAUUUUUCCCCUCUUGGAAGGAACUCAUGGUGGCUUACAUAGUCCUCCUCCUCUUGAUAUUAUCCUCACAACAACCCGAUGAGGUAGGUUAGACUGAGAAUCAAUGAGUGAUCCAAAGUCACCCAGUGAGUUUCAUGAUUGAGUAGGGACUAGAACCCAGAUCUCCUGAGUCCCAAUCCAACACUGUAAGCCCUAUACAACACGGUUGUCAUUUAUUGCCCUCUUCUCUGUGUCUGUGUGUUUAAUGUUUGAUUUAUUCCAAGGAAAUGCUUGUACAAUUUCCUCAGGAGAUCAGUUUUAUUUCUGGACCCCA